AUGGGAGAUCUACAGUCCAAUCCAUUGCUGGAUAUGUCCGGUAUCAAUCUACCCUCAGAAGCGUCUGGCAAACCUGACGGACCGCCCUCACUUGACUCUUCCCUGUUUUGUUUCCCUUCGCCGGCUGGUGAAGACUUUCCUGCGCUGAGCCCUCAAGAUGUCGUUCCCAGGUACCUCCAGCAGCCGAACUGGCACGACUCGCUUCUUGGAAUUGCUAUCCCAGAGCCGAUAGCGCGGCCCACCGUCGGACGACUGCCAACUGACACUCCCGCUGCAACCCCCAGAGGAGAAAUAUACCGUGAACUAGGUUUGACUGCCUUUGGGGGCGGCGCUUAUCUUCCCUCCACCACCGCUGCCUUCCCAACCCCGCCAAUCGUCAAGGCUGCCAACAGCCUUCGGCUGCCUUCGUUUGACCUUCUGGGCAUCGCCAACCCACAUCCGGAUAGAUUCACUCAGAACCACGAUCAAUACUUCCCCGGCAUCGGGGCAGGGCCGCUCUCCAACCCAGCAGAUCCUCUUCAUGCGCAGAGCCCCAUACUGAGUCGGGCGCGACUUCCGGCUGAAACUGCAGCGGCGGAAACACUGCCAGAUCCUUCCAAGGCCACCCAAAGAUCUCUCCAGCAGAUUGUUCACACCUUCACACCGCCAGACGACAGGGGCACGAUAGACUGGAGCGCCCUGCCUCAUGUUAGGACGGCGGCGAUGGAUUCUCCUGCCAGGUCGGAUCCCGAAGCUCGAUCGCCGGGAACAGGAGAAAUCUCCAGCAGCAGCAGCACAGCACCCCCAAGCCCCGAGCCUGUAUAUCCAAGCGCAGAACAAGCAAGCGAAAAGAGGCCUUGGCUGCGUGGUGCGCUGGAGGCAGUUAUCGAACAUAUCGACUCAGAGGGAGGAACCAACGGUUCGGUCAGAAUUCUCACCCAUGCGCUUCCCUGCCCCGUAAGCGCUGGCCACGUAUUCCCUACCGUUAUCAACGCAAUCCACGCCCGAAUACCGCCAAGAUCAACAGUUUGGAUUAAUGUUUUUCACGCGGUGCCUGGGCGCUUCAAUUUGGCCGACCUCCCAUCAUCACCUCCAAGCACGCCGGGGCCUGCCAUUGGAGGAGACGACUAUUUUGCGACAAAGGUUUUCGACAGCGCUGUCGCCGUCGCUGAUUACCAGAGUGAUGGCCAGGUACUUUCCCGGCCCCACCCCGUGGUUCCUCCGUCGACGGUGGAUGUCUCGAUCGUGGAACGGUACAUCCCGCCUACCAGCGUCAACGAAUUCGCCGAGAUGUUCUCGUCAGGAGCCCGUUCGAUCCUUCUCGAUCGGCUUGUCGAGCUCUCACAUCACGACGGCACGCUGGUACUCAUUUACCCCACAAGGACUGGCGGUCGUACCUUCAUGUCGGAAUAUUUGGGGCCCAUACUGGAUCCUCUACUGCGCGCGAUGACAGUUGUCAAUGAGCUCUCUGCGGACCUGGGAGUUCAACUCGGCAGCAUGUCAGCAGUUGACCAGCUGCUCGAGUUCGAUCAGGCCAAAAGCAAGCUUGAACGCUACCUACGUCAUCUCACAAAGUACAGCAGCAUGCUGGAAAAAUUCCAUAGCAAAAGGGCCAAGUUUGAGCUGAUCCACGCAUCGACCCAGGAGGUGAAGCUGGAGCGCAAGGUGUGGGCGACUGAGUGGUGGAUCAAGCAGGAGAAGGCAAGAGUGAGGGCCACAGUCACGAAGUACUUCAGACUUGCACACAAGCUGCCUACGGAUUCUGAGAUCAUGCCCACGCAUCUCAUUCAAGAGAUCUUGGACGGGGUCGCGUCAAAGCCGUGUGCUACGGAGCCAACGAAAGGCGUGGAAGUCGGUGUCUUCGUAAUUAAGAAAAGUCAACACGCUUGA